UAUCGAUGAAGAACAUGACGACUUCAAUGAUGAGCACUCUACUUGCAUUUGUUCUUAUUUUCCUUGCCAUUUCAGCUCAAGCAAGAACCUUAUCAGAUUGGCAAAACAAAAUCUCCAUGAUCACUGACAAUGGAAGGCUUUCGCCACCACUGCCGCCGCCAUCGCCAAACCCAUCGCCCUCACCCGGUCACCUGACAACGGGUCACCAAAGGACCUUGCCAUCGCCCUCAUCCCUCCGAUUCCAACCUUCAUCGCCAUAUACUGGAGCUCCCUGUGUUGCAGGAAGUCCAUGCAACGGGGUGAUUAUAACAAUGGUAACUGAUUGGAAAGAGGCCGACACCAAGAUCCUUCCGACUUUGAAGCCAUCUCCAUCGGAGCAUCAAGCGAAUGUCAAGCAAUUGUUACAUAAAACAUCUUCUCAGAAUUAUCGUGCAGAUUCCUUGACUGAGAAAUUCAGUAUUUAGAGGUUUUAAUUUGCCAUAAUCUGAGUACCUUUAUUAGCGAUUGUGAGAAUAAGGUUGUUUAUGCAGCCAUUUGUUUACUAGUGUGGUUAGUAAAGUUUGAUGUAGAAUUUACAAAGAAUAUGAUUCAUAUCCAAUAAUUUUGAAGAUAAGUAUUUGACUCUAAAAGAUGUAGAAUGCUA